AUGAGUCCUGUUGAGACGCUGCAUGGGCAGCUUGUGCCUCAAAGAGGGGGACCCUGGAAGGAUAUCUGUCAGCUUCGAAUAAGGGAACCACAGUUAAGGGAACGGAUGAUCAGAGGAUUGCCGAUGGACGUUGGGAAUGGCAGAACAACCCGAUUUUGGGAAGAUGUAUGGCUACCAGGUGGGGUCUUGAAGGAGAUGUUCCCAAGGCUGUUCUCGGUCUCAAGCCUAAAAGAAUCUGUUAUUGGAGACUGUGGGUUUUGGGAUGGAUUGGAGAGAAUAUGGAGCUUCCAGUGGAGGAGACAGCUGUUUCAAUGGAAAUUGGAGCUCUUGAACCAGCUCCAUGAGAUAUUACUGAUACUAAAGCUAACAUCUGAGAGAGAGGAUAGGGUCGUCUGGAAAUUUGAUAGAACUGGUAUUUUCUCGACCAAAUCAUUUAUCCUGGUGAUGCAAGAAGCGGCCCUCCCAGAGGAGAUCACGAGCUAUAGCUUUACUAGUGGUAUAUGGAGAGGCUUCGUCCCGCCCAGGGUCGAACUGUUUACUUGUAAGGCUGAGGAGUCCGCUUUUCAUCUGUUUGUUGGGUGCGAGAUCACAUGGCGGGUGUGGAGUGCGUGGCUAUUCGCCUUUGGAAGGUCAUGGACCAUACCAGGUACACUGAAGCAACACUUUGAGAGUUGGCAGAAUGCGACACAGAGAAAGCUAGAGAAAAAGAGGUGGUUAGUUGGAUUCUUUGCUGUCAUUUGGGCAAUCUGGUUAGAAAGAAAUAAUCGAGUCUUCAAUAAUCAUGGAUCAAGAGUUAUGGAAAUAAUAAACAAGUCCUUCAUGUACUCUGACGAGUGGCUUGGAAGCGCCUCCUGGAGUGUUGAUAGCAUAGUCGAAGAUGACAAGGGGAUGGGUCAACUCUUGGGGUUGUUAUUAUUGUUUUCUACUUGUCUUUCCUUAUGUCAUGUCUAUAAUUGCUCCACUGUGCUAUGUUGA